AUGGAAGAGAAGCGCCCCAACGAGGUGAAGCACCUCGCCAAGUUGAAGCACCAAACGGAGCAGAAGUGCCUUCGAAACAAUAUCCUCAACGACAGAACACACACGGGCGAGAAGCCGUUCAUGUGCCCUGUGUGUGGGAAGACAUUUGCACAUUCAUCACAUCUUCAGAGUCACCAGAGAACACACACGGGCGAGAAGCCUUUCCUGUGCCCUGUGUGUGGGAAGACAUUUGCACAGUCAUCACAUCUUCAGAGUCACCAGAGAACACACACUGGCGAGAAGCCGUUUCUGUGCUCUGUGUGUGGGAAGACAUUUGCACACUCAUCACAUCUUCAGAGUCACCAGAGAACACACACCGGCGAGAAGCCAUUCCUGUGCCCUGUGUGUGGAAAGGCAUUUGCACACUCGUCAACUUGUCAAGACCAUCAGAGAACACAUACGGGCAAGAAGCCAUUCCUGUGCUCUGUGUGUAGGAAGACAUUUGCAAAGUCAUCACAUCUUCAAAGUCACCAGAGAACACACACGGGUGAGAAGCCAUUCUUGUGCUCUGUGUGUGGGAAGGCACCAUUCAAUUGCUCUGUGUGUGGGAAGUCAUUUUCAUGGCCAUCAAGUCUUAAGAGACACCAGAGAACACACACGGGCGAGAAGCCAUUCCUGUGCCCUGUGUGUGGGAAGGCAUUUUCACAGUCAUCACAUCUUCAGAUUCAUCAGAGAACACACACGGGCGAUAAGCCAUUCCUGUGCCCUGUGUGUGGGAAGGCAUUUUCACAGUCGUCAAAUCUUAACACGCAUCAAAAGAAGUCCUUUUCAUGGUCAUCAAGUCUUAAGAGACACCAGAGAACGCACACGGGUGAGAAGCCAUUCCUGUGCCCUGUGUGUGGGAAGACAUUUGCGAAGUCAUCACACCUUCAGAGUCAUCAGAGAACACACACGGGUGAGAAUCCAUUCCUGUGCCAUGUGUGUGGGAAGGCAUUUGCACAGUCGUCAACUCUUCAAACUCACCAGAGAACACACACGGGCGAGAAGCCAUUCCUGUGCCCUGUGUGUGGGAAGACAUUUGCAGACUCAUCAACUCUUCAAACUCAUCAGAGAAGACACACAGGCGAGAAGCCAAUCCUGUGCCCUGUGUGUGGGAAGGCAUUUGCACAAUCGUCAACUCUUCAAACUCAUCAGAGAACGCACACGGGCGAGAAGCCAUUCCUGUGCCCUGUGUGUGGGAAGACAUUUGCGAAGUCAUCACACCUUCAGAGUCAUCAGAGAACACACACGGGUAAGAAGCCAUUCCCUGGCUGCCCAGCAGAUACCAAGGAGGAAUUUUGGUGUACCAACUUCCCAGGGGUGAGGGCUGCCGGGCUCGGUCCCACUGGUGCCCCCGACACAGUCGGCUGCCCCGUGCUGCCUCCUCUGCGCCGGCCGUGGGCUCAGCCAACACGGCCGGCCGAGGAGCGCAGCCACCUCCAGCCCUGGCGCUGCGCUCUUUCCUAUCCCGACUCCAUUGCCCCUGGCUCCCCGUUCCACCUGACUCCGAGCCCCGACUUCAGCACAGACCCCGAUGACGACACGGGCUCUACUUUCCGCAAGCCGCUAAUGAAAAGAACACAAGGCGGUGGAAACACGUGCUUCCAUGGGCGUUUCCGAGCCCCAGAGGCCCGGGGUGCCUCAAGGAUCCGCCACGUGCGAGGAACCGGUGCCUGGAUCCUGGUCAUAUUCUUCAAAAGAAGCCAGGGACCUGCCUAA